UCAAUUAAAGUUAAUUUAGUGUACCAAUUUUAAAGACGAAAAUUCCUAAUUAUUGACAUUGACAUAUUGACAAAUCAACAAAAGUCAAAAGGUUGUUAAAAAUGGCUGUGCUAGCGGCAGCACAGCUUCUAGAUGAGUUAAUGGGGCGAAACCGCAACGUAGCCCCCAAUGAGAAAGUCAAAGAACUGAAUUGGGAAGACCCGGAGUAUUGCAAAUACUUUAUGGUGAAGUUCUGCCCCCACGACCUGUUCGUGAACACGCGCGCCGACUUAGGCGCUUGCUCGAAAGUGCACGAUGAAGAAGUUCGCAAGAUGUUCCAACAGGCGAAGCCCCAUCGCAAAAUCCACUACCAAGAAGAGUUCAUCCGGUUCUGUUCAUCCAUGAUUAACGAAGUCGAACGCAAAAUACAGAAGGGAAAAAUGCGGCUGGCGCUCAGCGGAAAGUCUGAGCUACCCUCAAUAUCGCCAGCGCAGUCCCAGAAAAAUCAAGAACAGAUCAAAAUCCUGAACGAGAGGAUCAAUGGGCUGGAGGCCGAAGCCGAGCAAGCGGGCACUGAUGGUAAUGUUGAACAAGCCCAGGGUUUAAUGAAAUUGUGCGACCAACUGAAAGAGGAGAGGGAUGCUUUGAGGAAACAAAUUGAAAACGGGCACUGGAACGCCACUGCCGAGUUGGCAGCCGCCCAGGAGAAACAAAUGGAAGUCUGUCAAGUCUGCGGUGCUUUUCUUAUCGUGGGCGACGCCCAGCAGCGUAUCGACGACCAUCUGAUGGGCAAACAGCACGUGGGUUUUGCCCGUUUGAAGCAGGCUCUGGACGAAAUUACCGCCGUUGUUCAAACCGCCAAAGAGGAGCGGCGUCUGGGUAGAAGCAGAGUGGGCUCUGAAGAGAGACGUAGUCGUGAGUCCGAGCGCGAGCGUGAGAGAGAAAGAGACAGAGAAAAGAGGAGGGAGAAGGAUUUGGAAAGGAAUCGGUCAGAGCACAGGUCAGAUAAAGAGAAAGAUAGGAGAGAUAAAGAUAAAGAAAGAGAGAAGGAGAGGAAGGAAAGGGAGAGGAGAGACAGAGAGGCACGGAGGAGUAAGGAAAGAGAACGUGAGAGGGAGAAGGAGAGAGAACGGGAGAGGAAGCAUCGCUCUGACCGGGAUUCCGGAAGGAGUCGACAUCAUGCAUAUCGACGUUGAGUUGGUUCUCUCCGUUAGACCAGUAAGAUCAAGCACUCCAGUUGGCAACAAACAGGUGAGGUUAACAAGCCAUUACCAAGUACCAAGAUGUUGAUGUUUCUUUCGAUUGCUCUCCGACUGGUCCGUUUUGGUCUUCUGUGCAAUGAGGUGAUGAUUGUGUUUCCAUUUUUUUAUUUUAAAAACGUUUGUUUAAAUGGAAGCACAGUUUUUUAUACUCUUGUAAAUUAUUGUAGGUUAGGAUAUGUUAAAACAACUUUAUUGUAUGACAAUUUAAGAAUAAAUAUCAGUGACGUUGUUAA